AUGACAUGGAAUGAAUCUGAAAAAGAAUUAAAAGAUUUAUUGGAUGCAGCAAAUACGUGGCAUCCAAAUAUUAAAUUCGAUCAUAAAAUUGGUAAAAGUCUUCCAUUUCUUGAUGAUCUCCUGACAAAUGAUAAUGGUAUUCUAACAACAUCAGUUUAUCACAAACCAACAGCUGAACCUUAUGUUAUACCAUUUCAGGGCUGCCAACUCCUAAUUUUCAAAUGGGGUACAGAAGAUUUAUAA